AUGAUGAUCAUGAAGGAAGAACAAAUGCACUAUUAGGCACAUCAAAUGUUCCGGGCUAUUUUCCAAAUUAUAAACCAUUUUUUUGGGGUGAACUCGGGAUGGCAGAUGGGAUCAGCAUAAUUGACCGACUAUCGGACAGAGAAUUUCAUAAUACGAUCUGGUCAAGUACUUUUACUGGUGGAAUUAGUAGCGGUUUGUACUGGAAUGAUUGGGAACAGAAAUAUGGGGUCAAUCAUAGAAAGAACUUUCAGGCGCUUAGGGCAUUUACUGAUAUGA